CUCCCGCAAGCUGGUUGCUACCGGGUGCUGAAAUGCUUUCAGGCUUUCAGACUUCAGUGCUCAGUGCCGGUACGCACGCGGUAACACUUCAGAUUACUUGGUGUACGAUAAACACAACACAUUUUACGGUGCAUGUGAGUUAUUUUUGAGUAUUUUAUGGUAAGGUUAGAAAAUCUCAGAUGAAUGAAGACAACAGCUACUACAGCUACCUGGGCACCGACUACGACAACAACAGCACUGUUGAUCCACAUUCCAUCUUCAACUGGUACGAACUUGCACCUACAUUGAUCAUCUAUGGCAUUACCUUCGUCCUGGGACUCACAGGAAAUUCGCUUAUCAUUAUUGCUACAUUCAGAUACAGAAGAAUGAAGAACGUAACCAAUGUGUUGCUAUCCAGCCUAGCAAUGUCAGAUCUUCUGUUGAUAGUAUUUUGUAUACCUGUCAAGGUGGCGAAGCUGUUUUCAUACACUUGGCGAAUGGGUGUUUUUAUUUGCAAGGGAGUUCACUACAUGCAGAAUUUGUCUGCUAUCUGCUCCGUAUUGACGCUAACAGCAAUAAGCUUAGAAAGAUAUUAUGCUAUUGUGUAUCCAAUGAAGGCAAAAUAUACUUGCACUCUGAGCCAAGCUAAGAAGAUUGUUAUAGUGAUUUGGAUAUUGUCAGUAGUUCUAUCGAUACCAACACUUGAAGGACAGAUUCAUCUACCAGUAGGUCCAACUAAAGAAUACCGCUACUGUGUCAGAAACUGGGAUAAUGGGAGAGUUUGGAAGUUUCACGAGUUGUAUCUGUUGUUCGUGGUGUUAGUGGGUCCUUUCAGCAUAAUAACUUUUUCUUACGUCACUAUCUGCCGAAAGAUUUGGAAAGUUAUGGGGAAGACGCUAACAACCAAUGAGCAACCGCUAUCCCGUAAUUAUCGCUCUCUACCAACGGAUGAAAAGCAGUCAACAGUUACUAGCGCAUGUGGAGAAUGGGGCAGUACCAGAAAAUCUACCAACCAGCAUCACGACACGCACGUGGUUCAGCAAGUGAUCUUCAUGCUGGUUGUAGUGGUAGCACUGUUCGCAAUCUGUUGGGCACCUCUGCUUGUUGACAAUGUGCUCACCGCUUUUGCGGUGUUACCACAUAUGAGAUUUGGUGGGUUGAAAUACAUGUCGAGUGCGUUUCAUUUACUUGCGUACUUCAACAGCUGCGUCAAUCCAGUGGUCUACGGGUUCAUGUCAAAGAAUUUUCGAGACAACUUUUUGCUGCAAAUAUGCUUCAAACCCCAUCCCAGAGAGAGAGAGAGCGUCUUUGAGAAGACUCUCAGCCUUAAGCGACUGUCUAGGAUGGAGUCUCAGACAAAAAGCACUACUAUUAGGUCUUAAGUUUUAUUAAUGUGCUGUGAUUAUUAGAUGUGGAUGGGAUGUAAGAAGAAAUAAUACCUUAAAGUCUAUAA